CUGAUUACGAGAACGUGUGAUGUAAGAGUGGGGCUUUUUUUUCUUAAGUGUGUUUGUGCAUGUGGUUUCAUAGAGUAAAAUGCCUACGAAAAAGGUCAAGAUUCGGAUGAGUACAGUAAAGCGGAACAACUUAAAGCACACAAAACUUAGCAAGCAGGGUAAAGCAAAACACAGGCACCAUGAGAAAAAGACAGUACUCUUACCCAAGAGAAACAAUGAUCAGCAGUCUAAAUCAAAUGCUGUACAAGAGGAGGAAGAAGAAGAAAGUGACCAUGGAGAAGAACUGUUGCAAAUGGUGGAGAAUGAUGACCUAGAAUUUCUUCAUAAUGCUGUCACUAGCCACAGUUACUCUCUACUGAAUCAUAUCUGCUUCACAGAAAACAAGCAAAAGGAUCGUAAAAGGAAGCGAGACAAGGAUGGAGAAGAUGAAGUGGAUGUGGAAGGGAAUUAUGAGGAAAGAGUUCCUGAGUUGGAACCAAAGAGGAUUAAACAUUUGUUACCAAUAAAAACAAAAGGAGGAUUGGUUUAUCGUUCUGUUGCAGAGGAUUUUAAUGAAGAAGAACCAGAGCCAGCAAAAGAAGAAGUUAUUCCCAAACCUGAGGAAACUGAAACUGACAGUGAUGCUGAACUGGAGAAUGAACUUGACAUUGAGAGAACUGAUUUUAUAGACCCCAGCCGACCAGUCAGCACAGCAGAAUUGCUGGCAUCUCGUGAAGAGGCACUACGUAAACGUAGACUUCUCAUAGGUGUUCUUGCUAGUGGCUUGCUGGAAAAUCCACAAGUGAAGACCAAGAACUUCAAACGGCUGUUAGAUAUGAUGAAUGAAGAGACACCAGAGUUGAGAAUUACAGUGUGUAAACUGGUUAUAGUGUCCUUGCUGGAAGUCUUCAGGGAUGUUGUUCCAUCAUACCAGAUCAAACAUCAAGAUAAUCCAGGAGUGAAAUUAAAGAAAGAAACACUGCAAUUGCAAAGAUUUGAGAAGGCAUUGCUCAGUUCCUACAAAAUCUAUCUGCAAAGAAUGGAGAAAUUAGUGUCGAUGCUCAAUAAAAAGCGUGGAAACAGCAGGGUAGCUUCACAGCAAGAGCUGAGAAUGGGAGAACUAGCGCUCAGUUGUAUGUGUGACCUGCUGGUGGCACAUCCUUACUUCAACUUCUCUCAUAACCUGGUGCAGCUAUUGGUUCCAUAUCUGAAUCAUCCCCUACCUUCUGUGCGUCAGCUUUGCUCCAACUCAGUCUGUACUGUAUUCAGGAAUGAUAAGCGAGGAGAAAUAUCUCUUGAGAUUGUACGUUGCAUCAACUGUCUUGUGAAGUCUCGGUCACAUUCUGUUCACCCUGAAGUUCUGAAGGUUUUGUUAUCACUGCGUAUAAAGGAAAUUAAUCUUGAAAAAGAAAAGGAGGAUGAACUGAGGCAAAAGAAAUUUAUGAAACAUAAACAGAAGCUUCUUACAAUGUCCAAAAAAGAGCGCAAGAGAAGCAAGAAACUAGAGGAACUAGAGAAGGAACUGUUGGAGACUAAAGCAGAAGAGAAUAAACAAGCCAAGCAGCAGUACCUCACAGAAGUCACCAAAUUUGUGUUCACCAUUUACUUUCGUGUACUGAAGAAAGCACCAUCUUCUAAGAUACUAAGCAUCACACUUGAGGGACUUGCAAGAUAUGCUCACUGCAUCAACCUGGAGUUCUAUGAAGACAUAGUGAAUGUGUUGAACCAUUUACUGGAACAUGAGCCACUAGGUUAUCGAGAGCAGAUGCACUGCAUCCAGACAGUUUUCACCAUUUUGUCUGGCCAGGGAGAGGUUCUCAACAUUGAUCCAUUCCGCUUCUAUGUUCACUUAUACCGCAAUCUUCUCUCAGUUCAUGCAGGUGAUAGUCAUCAGGACCUCCCAACUGUACUGAAGACUUUAGAUUUAGCUGUGAUACAUCGACAUAAAAGGCUCUCUCAGCAGCGUAUGUUUGCAUUUACAAAGCGGCUUGCAACAUUGGCCAUGCAGUUGUUACACAAUGGCUCCAUUAGUUGUCUGGCACUCAUAAGAACCAUUAUGCAGGUAUACAGAUCAGUGGACAUAUUGCUGGACCCAGACUCAUCUGUUGGUCAAGGAGUGUAUUUCCCAGAGUUGGAAGACCCUGAAUAUUGCAAUGCUAGCAAUACAGCCAUCUGGGAAAUGACUGCACUGAAGCGCCACUAUCAUCCAGUUGUUUGCAAGUUUGCCUGUAAUAUCCUGCUUGGUGUCCCAGUAACAGGAGAUGGGUACCUAGCACCAGAACUUACUAAACUGUCAGCAGAGGAAUUAUUCAUUAAAUAUAAUCCAUCAGAAGUAGCAUUUCAACCACCAGUUCCUGUUCCCAAGAAAAUUGAAGCCAGGACCAAUCCUUCAGUUACUAUACACUUCAGGAAUGAAGAUCUGUUCAACUAUGUGAAGGAAGUGUCAGAGAGGCAUGUAGAAGAGACAGUAGAUUUUAGCCUAUUUAAAAUGAGAGUGAAGUCUUGAUUGCUGGUCAUAGAGGCAGUUGUGAUUUCUGGUUACACAUAUGCUGUAAGAAAUUCUGCUGAACUAUUAAAUAUGUACCCCACAAAGCUUAUACCAUAU